GCGAGUGACAGUUCAUCAGUCGCGAGAUCCUUUUCUUUUUUCUUUUUUCUUUUCUGUUGGCGAUGGACUUGAUCAAUUUCGAUCCUGCAACCGCUGCUUGACUCUGUUCGGGUUGCACUGGCGAUCGUCCAAGGCCGUUUGCACUCGGUCCUUCUCGUGACCUCUCUCGAUGAUCUCACGAACCACACGCUUUUUCCCUGUCACGAUAAAUAAUAACCACGAGAGAGCCCGGCCUUUGAUCGAAUCCGUCUCGGUUUGCAACCCAUUGCGGGUUCUUGUGAAGGAUGCGAGCAGGACUCUCGUUGCUCCUCCCCAUCCUCGUCCAAGCGACCGGCUACGACCGCACCUCUCCGUUCCACCAGCCCGUCAUCGACGGCUCCGAUAUCAUCGCCCGCGACGGCAUCGAAGCUCUUUUACUUCUUAAACGCCAGAACGGCUGUCCAGCAGGUUUCAACUCAUGUGCGUUCCUAGAUGCACCCGGCGCCUGCUGCCAAAGGGACACGAUAUGUUCUCGCGAUGAUGCGAACAACAUCGCAUGCUGCCCGACGGGCGCAGCCUGCACCGGAAUUCUAACCCAAUCGUCCUCCGCAACCACAUCUUCUGGCUUCAUGUUUCCAGAGCCAGGCACCGCGACGACGACAAAUCCCCCAUCCCUGACCGGCAGCACAGUUCCUAAUGCCCCUUUUCCCUUUGUAUACAUACCCACGAGCUUCAGAGACCAGCCAGAAUGCGUGCAAUCAUACUCCGGCUGUGUGUCGCAGUUCCAAGCUUGCGCCAGCUCCCUAGGCGGAGUUAAUGGAGUGACAAUAAGCGGUGCAGACGGCGCCGGAACGACAGUACAGGGAGUAGAACCCACCGCGGACGCCCAGUCGAUUUGCCUUAGUCUCAGUCGCGAAGCCUGCUACGGUCUUCAGGAAGCCUACUGCACCGCUUUCCAGGACGGUAGCUCUGGGGCAUCGCCGCCAUCGACCAGAACUUCGCCUCUUUACGAGAUCCUGACCGGACUCGGGAUCGCUCUUGCAGGGAUGAUUGCUUAAACGAGAAGAUGAUAUUAUGUCCGAUUCGUACUUUCCACGACUUCUCUCUGAAUGGAAAAAGGGAGAUAUCGCUAUGCCGUGAUGUCUAUUUACUCUUGGUUUAUGUCUAUCGAUUUACGCUGUACAUAUUGCACUUACAGGGUAUGGGAGCAUUAAUUUCACAUAAAAGGUAUGCACAUAAUGCUGUUCAAUAGUGUUUGUUCGUCAGGCUUUUGUCCAUAAUGAGGAUUUGCUUUGCUAUGCUUUUCAACAAACACAAUCCUUUCUAAUUAAUACAAUAUUAAAGGGUGGCUUCAUGAAUCAUGGGCCCUUUGGACCCCCUUUGGAGAGUUCUUUUUUUUUAUUUUAUUUUAUUUCUUUUUUUUCUCCUUAUUAAAUUCGCUUAGUCCUUGAAAUUCAAUAAGCCUUGAUAGACUUGAGCCUGGCGACGGUCUUUCAAGUCAAAUGCAGUGGAAAGAGUACAAAAUGCAUGUUUGAUUUUCUCCAUGUUAUCCUAACCAAGAAAUCAGGGUUUCAGUGCUA